UAGUUUCUAAACUGUAAUAUGUACUGAAGUGUUGAUCACCAACAGGUGGGGGGAGCCAAGGAGCGACACACCUCAGCCUACCUCAGUGGUCACACACCUGUCAACCCAGACAAGACAGUGAAUGGGUGGGUACCAGCUGUGUGUGGUCCAGCUCUCUACUACUACCACGAAGACUUCUCCAAGAGAAUGGUGGAGUGGCUGGAGAUCCUGAGGGCGGAGGGCAUUGGUAAAGUGUUCCUCUACGUUACUGACGUUCAUCCUAACUUGGAGAAGGUCCUCAAGUACUACGAGGAUGACGGCUUUGUCCAUCUCAUCAACUACUAUUACCCACCACCAUAUAUCAACGAGCCAAGUCUUCGCAGGAGUCGUUCGUGUAUGAGAUCCAGAGUGCCAAGACGCAAAGUCAAAUGCCCCCGCAUCUCUGCGCACCGCAGGCUGUGGACUCUAGUGAAGCGCAAGGAAAUGUUCGCGCAGGAGAAUGUCUACUUCACUGACUGUCUUCUGCGACACAUGCACGAAUACCGCUUCAUCGCCCACUAUGACCCUGACGAGAUCCCCUUCUUGCUGCAGCAUAACAAUUAUUCCCACUUUCUUGACUACUUGAUAACGAGCUCAGAGGAUGAAUCGAGAAAGAAGAUAAAGGAAAACAAGAAAAAGCCUACGGGUUACCGACUCCAGUGGAAGUUCUUUUACAAUGACCUGAAGCCUUCCCAGAGCGAAGUAACUGACGUGCCGGAGGACUUUUGGUACCUAAGACACACCCUUACAAAAGUCAAGGACAGAAAUAUCAACACAGGCUUUUACAAGACCCUCUACGACAUGGACACUGUCAGGGGAGUCUUCUCUCACGGCCCCCUCGUCUGCACCACAGGUUUGUGUUCAGUGAAAUCGUUGAGGUCUGUUGCUACAAACGUGGCCUACCUCGGCCACUUCAACAAAGUGUGUGGCCAGCAGUGCCAAGAAGCCAACUCGACGAAGCAUGAACCAUUUCUUCAAAAAUACAGGAAACAAGUGAUUGAAGCUGUCAACAAAGUGUUGAGGAGCUAGUGCUUGUUGACCUUGGAAAUACAUCCUGGAAAGUUUGCAAUACUAAAGGAGCAAUCUCUAGUGUUAAUUCAUCUGGUGCGAUGCUAAGUGUAUUAUGUACAUAACCUGACCAUAUUACGCUGAUUAAGAUGAAGUUAUUGAAGACUUUUGUCUCCAGGUAUUCUAGGAACAAGUUAGCAAGAACCAUGCUGAUGGGUGAACCCGUUCUCAUACCAUAAUAUUAACUGUAAAGCUUAACGUUGCAACCGAAACAAUUUAAAGAUCAUGAAUAACUCUUCCCCAGAAAUCUAUAGGUGAAAGCGUGACAAUUAACCUGUCAUAUACAUGCUUGCAUAGAAGCUCUGUGGCCUGAUACACGAGUACCUUUGUGAAGAGAGAGAGAGAUUACGAACAACCUCCCCUACUCCUGGAUGCUGAUGUUGGUGUUUAUAAACUACAGCGCAGUAUGACCUUAUGGGAUUAACACUUAGUUAUGAUUAUAAUAAUAAUUAAAUAGUUGAUCAGAGUUUUAAAUGAGAGUUACUUUUGGUCCCCAGGAAGGAGUAUUUUCCUUUUUGUAAAUGCCACCCCCCUUUGUUAGCUUGCGUGAGGCACACCGGAUUGGAUUUAUGUGCCUUUGGGAGUCCAUAUAUUCGUGCUCGUUUCGUUUGUUAGGGGCUAGGUUAGUACUAGUGAUUUCCUGCUUUCAGUUCGUUUUAAGAAAUGUCUGAAACUGUAAAGGAUGUUUUAGUUAGUUAAUGAUGAUGUGUUCACAUGUUGCACGCGCGCGC